AUGGAUCGCUGGCUUUGCUGCUGUGUGGCAUCCACUUCCAACGCAGAGAAUGUUACGCUUGCCCCAGACAACGUGGUGGUUCCGGAGGCAUCGUCGCUGUACCCGCUUGCCACUUCCGGGCCGCAGUUUCCACGACUGCCAAAGGCCGGCGUAGCCAUUGCAGAGGAGCCCGAGGAAAAAGAGGGAAAUGCCGAGCUGGACACCGCGCGUUCAGCAAUUUCUGCGAGCUCCAUGUCGCCGGAGGAGAAGGCGCCAAAAGCAGAUUUGGAGAUGCUUGAUGUUGAGGUGUUCGAGCGGGACGAGCUGCUGAAAGUGCGGUGGUUGGUGGGGUGUGAGGAGCUGAAGGAAGGAACGACUCGUAAGUCAAUCAUCCGCCAGAUUUUUCUCCCAGGUGAGUGGCUGUCAUCGGAUGAUCAUGAGCCGGAGGCAUCGCGCCAUGGCAAGGAGCCCCGUCAUUCCCGUGCCCAAGCGCCUGCUGCGGCAGUGCCUUCGAGCGCUGGCGUCCAUGGCGACACGCCAGUGAAGGCCAAGGAGAAGAAGGAGGAAGAGAGCGAGCACUUCGCUGUUCAGUCUGGUGCGAAGCAAAGCGAUGGCAGCACUGGCGUCGGAAGCACUUUCGACACCAGCAGCAACAGCAGCAAGGAGAGCAAUCACGAGGCCAAGGAUUCCAGCAACAGCUCUCGGAAUGUCAUCAACAUCAGCAAUUGCAUUGGAAGCGGAGACAGCAGUGGCAAGACCAUCAGCCUCAAUGCCAGUAUCAGCACUCCCAGCCGAGCUCCCACUGCCGAGGAGCAAGCGACGGCUGCGCUGUCAGCGAUGCUGGGCCUGGGAAAGCCGAAGGUGCCUUUAGCGCCCACUCCGCCUCCCCGCACCCACUGGGCCAUUGGCAGUUCUGGCUCUGCGGUUGGAUACUCGCCAGCACGAUCAGGAUUGAACCCCAAUGCAGCGGAGUUCCGGCCUAUGGUGGAGUUGGCACCAUGUGAGGUCUCCGCUCAAUCCGAAAGCUUCCCCGAGAUGACGAACUUGCUUGGGGUGAACCUGCUGGAUGAGAUUUGUGGAGGAGCAGAGGAAGGUGAAGCGGAGACUCCAGCUGAUGAGGAGGAGGUUCCUGCCAAAAAGUAG